AUGGCGCCGCGCCCCCGCAAGCGGGCCUCGCGCCCCAAGCCCCGCCCGGGCUCCCGACGUGGCGGCGGCGGAGGGGACGACGACCCCUUCUUCGAGUCCGAGCCCAAGCGCCGCCGCGGGGGCCGUGAUGAGGACAUCGAGAGCGAGGACAGCGACGAUGACGGCGUGGCUCCGCUUGGCGGCGGGUUUGAUGAGGAUGGGGACGAGGGCGGUAAGGAGGAGGACGAGGAGACGGUGGGGGAGAAGAAGAUGCGUAUGGCGAAGGAGUGGCUGCAGAAGGUCACUGAGGUCGCUAAGAGGGGGCAAGAGGACGAGGACGAGGACGAGUCGGGAGGGAGACGGGUGGCGGAGCUCCUGCAGAGGAAGCAGCUCGAAGAGAGCGGCAGGAAGCGGAGGGAGAUUGCUGCGAGGGUAUUACCACCGGGACCUCAGGAUGGCUUUAAGGUUCUUGUGAAGCACCGGCAACCUGUUACUGCUGUUGCUUUAUCCAAGGAUAGUGAUAAGGGAUUUUCAGCAUCAAAAGAUGGAAUCAUUAUGCAUUGGGAUGUUGAAACUGGGAAAUGUGAGAAGUAUAUAUGGCCAAGUGAAAAUGUGUUGGUUUCACAUCAUGCUAAACCACCAGUAUCAGCUAAAAGAAGCAAGCAAGUGCUGGCUUUAGCUGCCAGUUCUGAUGGUCGUUACUUGGCGAGUGGUGGCUUGGACCGUCAUAUCCAUUUAUGGGAUGUUAGGUCACGGGAACACAUACAGGCAUUUAGCGGCCAUCGGGGACCAAUAUCAUGUCUUUCUUUUGCGCCGGACUCUUCAGAGCUAUUCUCUGGUUCUUUUGACCGUUCAAUAAUGCAGUGGAAUGCAGAGGAUAGAACAUACAUGAACUGUUUAUAUGGGCAUCAGAAUGAAAUCCUGAUAAUGGAUGCACUUAGUAAAGACAGGAUUCUAACUGUAGCACGGGACCAAAAUGGAAUACAUAAACCUGAAAAUGUGCCAUCCGCAGCCCAGUCAUGGGUUGGUACUGUUGCUGCAAGAAGAGGUUCUGACCUUGCUGCAUCAGGAGCAGGAAAUGGUUUAGUUCGUCUCUGGGCUAUCAAACCUGAUUCCAAGGGAGUCGAGCCAUUAUUCGAUUUGAAACUGGAUGGAUUUGUUAAUUCUCUUGCCAUAGCAAAAUCUGGACGUUUUAUUGUUGCUGGUGUUGGCCAGGAGCCUCGCCUUGGAAGAUGGGGACUAGUUCGAUCGGCCCAAAAUGGAGUUGCAAUUCACCCAAUCCGACUAAAAGAUGAGAAAGAGGAUUUGUAG